GCUAAGGCAAGGUGGCGGUAGGGGCUGUCCUCCUCCCGCCGCUCAGUUGCCUUGGAGACGGCGGGUGCCCUGGCCCCGCCCCGCUCGGACUGACAGCGGCGGCCGCAUCGCGCCUGCGCAGUGCCCUCGUCCCCCGCAGUCUCUGUGCGUUGAAGCCGGAGACCGCGGCGGCCUCAGCGAGGACCCUUCGCCCCGGAGCCGCCGGCCGGGACCGCAGCCUCUGCCGCAGCGCCCCCACCACCUGUCCCCUCCCCCGCCGCCUCCGCCGGAGCCACCUCGCGCACUCUGGGGUAUGGCCGUCAAUGUGUACUCCACAUCUGUGACCAGUGAAAAUCUGAGUCGCCAUGAUAUGCUUGCAUGGGUCAACGACUCCCUGCACCUCAACUAUACCAAGAUAGAACAGCUCUGUUCAGGGGCAGCCUACUGCCAGUUCAUGGACAUGCUCUUCCCUGGGUGUGUGCACUUGAGGAAAGUGAAGUUCCAGGCCAAACUGGAGCAUGAAUACAUCCACAACUUCAAGGUGCUGCAAGCAGCUUUCAAGAAGAUGGGUGUUGACAAAAUCAUUCCUGUAGAGAAAUUAGUGAAAGGAAAAUUCCAAGAUAAUUUUGAGUUUAUUCAGUGGUUUAAGAAAUUCUUUGACGCAAACUAUGAUGGAAAGGAUUACAACCCUCUGCUGGCGCGGCAGGGCCAGGACGUAGCGCCACCUCCUAACCCAGGUGAUCAGAUCUUCAACAAAUCCAAGAAACUCAUUGGCACAGCAGUUCCACAGAGGACAUCCCCCACAGGCCCAAAAAACAUGCAGACCUCUGGCCGGCUGAGCAACGUGGCUCCCCCCUGCAUUCUCCGGAAGAAUCCUCCAUCAGCCCGAAAUGGUGGCCAUGAGACUGAUGCCCAAAUUCUUGAACUCAACCAACAGCUGGUGGACUUGAAGCUGACAGUGGAUGGGCUGGAGAAGGAACGUGACUUCUAUUUCAGCAAACUUCGUGACAUCGAGCUCAUCUGCCAGGAGCAUGAAAGUGAAAACAGCCCUGUUAUCUCAGGCAUCAUUGGCAUCCUCUAUGCCACGGAGGAAGGAUUCGCACCCCCUGAGGACGAUGAGAUUGAAGAGCAUCAACAAGAAGACCAGGACGAAUACUGAGGGCAGCCACAGCCCUGGCUGACUGCACGGCUUCCCCAUGCCUCCCUCCCUGCUCCACUCCCACAUUAUAGUCCUUUCCUACCACGGUCGGCUGGGUGCUUUGUGUCAGUGCCGCAGCACUAGGGAGCCAGACGAGCGGGGCUUGGGGGCAUGGGGCCGGAAAGCAGGCAGAAGCCCGUCCUGGGUGGCGCUGGCCCAGUUGGCGGGACCCUGUCCACACCCACCCUAUUUAUUUCUGUUGUCUCUCUGUUGUGUCGCCCAACACUUCCCAGGGUGCUGCUGCCACCCGCCCCAGCCAGCCACUUGCUCCCGACAGCCAGCAGCUGUGUAUUUGACAAAGUCAUUGGUAUAUUUUUACUUACUGGAUUCUCCUUGCACUUUACCUGUUCUUUUCCAGAGCUGACAGCACGGGCUCGGGGCAGUGUGCCUGGCUUGGCUUCCCUUCCCCAUGGCUGGGGGCUGGGGUCAGACUCACCCAUUCUAAUUUAUUUUGUCUUUUGGCUUCUCAGUAACUGAGGGGAAGGCUGAUGUCAGGAGAGGGAGAGGGGGCUGAGGAGGUAGUGCCGUAGGCCCAGGGGGUCAGGGAGAGGGAGGGGGGCAUGUGAGGGAUGGAAAUGACCUCCUGGCACCAGGCUCACCCACCCAAGGCCCCCUGCCCCAGCACCGAAGCCCAGUGCUGCCCUGAGGCCCCCAGCCACUCCCUCCAGCAGCCUGGUUCACCACACAGACUCUGCCUGGACCCCAUUGUCUGUCUGCUUCCCACCCGCCCUGCCCACCCCCUGCCCCUCAGGCACCAGCCUGCAUAUGUGUUCACUUUUAUUUAAAUAAACUUGUGCGGUAAAAGU